CCUGCGGAGACUGGCAGAGGCGAUUUCGGUGACUGGGAAACAUGGCUGAGUAUACGCGGCUGCACAACUACCUGGCGUUGAUUCGCCUCCGAAACCCGCCGGUCAACGCGAUCAGUGCCGCUGUACUCCAAGGUAUAAAAGAGGGACUACAAAAAGCUAAAAGCGACCAGACAGUAAAAGCCAUUGUGAUUUGUGGAACUGAAGGGAAAUUCUCUGCAGGUGCUGAUAUCCGUAGCUUCCAGACUCCUAGGACCUUUGGUAUCGCGCUGGGACCUAUAGUAGAUGAUAUGCAGAGAAAUGAGAAACCCGUGGUAGCAGCUAUCCAAGGCCUGGCUUUAGGAGGGGGUCUAGAGCUGGCUCUGGGCUGCCACUACAGGAUUGCCCAUGCAGAGGCUUAUUUGGCUUUCCCAGAAGUCACACUAGGAAUUCUUCCUGGGGCAAGAGGAACACAGCUUCUCCCCAGACUCAUUGGAGUUCCUGCUGCACUGGAUUUAAUAGUUUCAGGAAGAUUUAUUUUGGCGGGUGAAGCACUCAAGUUGGGUCUUCUAGAUAAAGUUGUCAACUCAGACCCAGUUGAAGAAGCAAUCAAAUUUGUUCAGACAGUUUUAGAUCAACCCCUAGAAUCCCGUAGACUCUACAACAAGCCAAUUCAGAUCGUGCCCUACAUGGACACCAUUUUCAGUGAGGCCUUCUUGCAGGUGCAGAAGAAGUACCCGGGGCAACUUGCUCCAGAGGCUUGUGUCCGCGCAGUCCAGGCUGCUGUGCAGUAUCCCUAUGAAGAGGGCAUCAAGAAAGAGCAGGAGUUGUUUAUGUACCUUCAGCAAUCAGGGCAGGCUAGAGCCCUGCAAUAUGCUUUCUUUGCUGAAAGGGAGGCAUGUAAGUGGUCAACUCCCUCUGGAGCAUCCUGGACAACAGCAUCGGCGAGGCCCAUCUCCUCAGUUGGUGUUGUUGGCUUGGGAACAAUGGGCCGAGGCAUUGUCAUUUCUUUUGCAAAGGCCAAGAUCCCCGUGAUUGCUGUAGAAUCAGACAAAAACCAGCUAGAAACUGCAAACAAGAUAAUAACUUCCACCUUGGAAAAGGAAGCAUCUAAAAUGCAACAGAGUGGUUACUCUUGGUCAGGACCAAAACCCAGGUUAACUACGUCUAUGAAGGAGCUUGGUGGAGUAGAUUUAGUAGUUGAAGCCGUGUUUGAGGAAAUGAACCUGAAGAAGCGUGUCUUUGCAGAACUGUCAGCUGUGUGCAAGCCAGAAGCUUUUUUGUGCACCAAUACUUCAGCCCUGGACAUUGAUGAGAUUGCUUCUUCCACUAAUCGUCCUCACUUAGUCAUUGGCACCCACUUCUUCUCACCAGCUCAUGUCAUGAAGUUGUUAGAGGUUAUUCCCAGUCGAUACUCUUCUCCCACUACAAUUGCCACGGUUAUGGAGUUGUCAAAGAAGAUUCAAAAGUUUGGAGUAGUUGUAGGCAACUGUUUUGGAUUUGUGGGGAAUCGAAUGUUGAAUCCUUAUUACAAUCAGACAUAUUUCUUGUUAGAAGAAGGCAGUAAGCCAGAGGAGAUAGAUCAAGUGCUGGAAGAAUUCGGUUUUAAAAUGGGGCCUUUUAGAGUGUCUGACCUGGCUGGGUUGGAUGUGGGUUGGAAAUCUCGAAAGGGGCAAGGUCUUACUGGACCUAUGUUGCCCCCAGGAACUCCUGCCCGGAAGAGGGGCAACCGUCGAUAUUGUCCAAUUCCUGAUAUGCUCUGUGAAUUAGGACGAUUUGGCCAGAAGACAGGUAAGGGAUGGUAUCAAUAUGACAAGCCAUUAGGUAGGAUUUGUGAACCUGAUCCCUGGAUUUACAAAUUUCUGUCACAAUACAGAGAAACCUAUCACAUUGAACCACGUAUCAUUAGCCGGGAUGAGAUCCUUGAGCGCUGCUUAUACUCACUUAUCAAUGAAGCAUUCCGUAUCUUGGGAGAAGGGAUAGCUGCUAGCCCAGAACACAUUGAUGUUAUCUACUUACAUGGGUAUGGAUGGCCCAGGCACAGAGGUGGGCCCAUGUUCUAUGCUUCCACAGUUGGGCUGCCCACAAUUCUAGAAAAGUUACAGAAAUAUUACAGGCAGAAUCCUGAUAUUCCCCAACUGGAGCCCAGUGACUACCUAAAAAAACUGGCUUCCCACGGAAACCGUCCCCUGAAUGAAUGGCAGAGCUUGGCAGGGCCCCCCAGCAGUAAAUUGUAAUUUAUCCUUCCAGGAAAUUAAUUCCAAAAAUCUAAAGUAAGAUUGUUGUGAAAUAAAAAAGCAAAAGAAAUAAUCAGUUGGCUAAACCUC